AUGGGGCUCCCGAGGGCCGGCAGUGCCCGGCCCGGGGACGUGCAGGGCGCACGGCGUGGAGCCGGGUCCAGACCCGGCCUGUCCCCUCCCAGGCCCUUCCCCACAGCGCGUUUCCGCCAACCCUUCCCGCUCCUGCAGCCGGGGCCUGCGCCGCGGCCUCCUUCCCAGACCUCCGGGGCCCGGGCGGGGUGUCACGGCAGCCCCCAGUCCCGACGGCAGGCCGGUGGUGCCACACGCGCCGGGCGGUCUGCAGCCCCCUCACCCCCAGUCCCCACCGCAGCUCCGACGGCCUGCCAAGGCACCGCGGCGACCCUGGCCCACGCCCGGAGCACGCCGGCGGCGGCCGCGCCCCCCGCGGAGUCUCACCGGCUGGGAGCAGACCAGCGCUGGGUGGUCCAGGAGUCGCAGGGAGGCGCCACCCGGGGCCAGCACGCCCAGGAACAGCAGGAGCAGCCCCAGCGGGGGCCCCGGGACGGCGGGCGGUGGGCUGAAGUGAAGUCCACUGAGAGCAGCAGCCAGCUUCCACAGUUCAGGAUGUUCCAGUCCAACAAGAAGGUGAAUCCUCUUAGGAUGUGGCGCAACGAUGCCAGCGGGCCUAGGACCGGCCCUGUCUCCUGUUUCCCUGCAAGAGGGGAAGACGCCGGCCAUCCCGGUCAUAAGAGUGACAAUGAGCUGCCCAAUGGGUCUUGGGGUGUCCCUUAUGCUGUGCUGAGGCACAGGAUCCGAGAAAUAAAGAGAUGUACGAAGAAAAUGCAGCUGGGCUCAGGGAGCCACGCCACCUAUGAGCGGAGUCAGGCCUCGAUGCCCUGUGCAGGGGGCAUCAGGGCACUGACAAAGCCCUUCCCAUACAAAGAGCAACACCAGAAAUCCCUCCUGGUGAUGCAGCAACCCCUGCGCUGCCUCACCUACAUAGAAGUAGCCCUAUUCAUGAUGUCACAGACAGUGCCUUUCCCAGUCAUUGCGCUUAAAAUCCGAAGUCCUUCAGUAUCAGAGAGAAACAUCGAUGACGCCGAGAGGCUGCUCGAUGGCUGCGCGCCAGCCGUCCUCCCUGAUUUUACCAGUAGCGCUGUCGGUCCCUGUAGAACCACUGUUGUACCGCUACUCUGUGCCACACCUGGCAAGCAUUGCGUUGCUGCAUUACAUCCCACUGGCUCCACUACAUUGAAGAAAUUUGACAAGAAAAACGAGAAGUCAAGUGGAGGCUCCAACCCAUUCCAGCACCUUGAGAAGAGUGCCAUACUCCAAGAAGCCCGUGUAUUUAAUGAAACUCCCGUCAGUCCUCGGAAAGGUGCCCACAUCCUCACCAAGAUUCUUUAUCUCAUAAACCAUGGGGAACAUCUGGGGACCAUGGAAGCGACCCAGGCCUUCUUUGCCGUGACCAAGCUCUUUCAGUCCAAUGAUCUCACACUCCAUCAGAUGUGCUACUUGACCAUCAAGGAGAUGUCUUGCAUCGAAGAGGAUGUCAUCAUUGUCACCAGCAGCCUAACAAAAGACAUGACUAGCACCAUGCUGCAGGCUACUGAGCGCUGCAUGAAACAGGCCAUUGUAGACAAGGUGCAUGUCUCCAGCUCUGCCCUUGAGUCUUCCUUGCACCUGCUGAAAUGCAGCUUUGACGUGGUCAAGCACUGGGUGAAUGAGGCUCAGGAGGUGGCAUCCAGUGAUAACAUCAUGGUCCAGCACUACACACUAGGGCUCCUGUACCACAUGUGUAAGAAUGACCACCUGGCUGUCAAUAAGAUGAUCAGCAAGGUCACCCGGCAUGGCCUUAAGUCUUCCUUUGCCUACUGCGUGAUGAUCCAAGUGGCCAGCAAGCAGCUGGAAGAGGAGGAUGGUAGCCAUGACAGUCCAUGGUUUGACUUGAUCGAGCGCUGCUUGUGCAACAGGCAUGAGAUGGUGGUGGAAGCUGUCUCUGCCAUCGUCAACCUGCCAGGCUGCAGUGCCAAGGCUGCCCCGGCUGUGCCAGUGCUCCAGCUUUUCUGCAGCUCAGCCAAGUCUACUCUCCAUUAUGCAGCUGUUCACACCCUCAGUAAGGUUGCCAUGAAGCAUCCAUCAGCUGUGACAGCUUGCAGUCUAGAUCUGGAGAACCUGGUCACGGAUUCAAACCGCAGCAUUGCCACGCUGGCCAACAUCACCUUCCUUAAGACAAGCAGUGAGAGCAGCAUCGACCGCCUUAUGAAGCGGAGGACUCUCAUUCCUCGGUGCCUAUAUGGGGAGUUGCCCACAGUGUUUCAGUGUGACUGCACAAACACACUCAAUGGCCAGACCCCGGAGAAUGUCACAGUGCAUGAGCCCACUGAGGUCUAUGAGGGGCUCUGUUACGUGCCUGCCCAGAGCUUGUCCUAUAACCAGCCUGGGACCUGCUACACACUGGUGGCACUGCCCAAAGGAGACCCCACAGCUGUGGCCUGGACAUUCAGCUGCAUGCUGAAGUUCACAAUCAAGGACUGUGCUCCCACCACUGGGGAUGAAGGCUGUGAGGAUAAGUAUGUGCUGAAAGAUCUGGAAGUUACUGUAGCUGACCACAUUCAAAAGGUCAUGCAACUGAACUUCAAAACAGCCUGGUAUGAGGUAGGCGAUGAAUUUGGGAAGGAGGAAAUGUUCACCUUGUGAACAUUUGGGAAGGCUGUGGAUAACAUCAUGAAAUUCUUGGGAAUGCACCCUUGUGAGAGGUCAGACAAGGUGCUUGAUGACAAGAACACCCACACAUUGCUCCUGGAUGGUGUGUUCUGGGGUGGUCGUGACAUCCUGGUUUGCUCUCAGUUGCUGCUUUUGGACACAGUGACAAUGCAGGUGACAGUCAGAAGUUUGGAGGAGCUGCCAGUAGAUAUCAUUUUGGCACUGUGUGUUAAGCGGCCAACCUGCAUAGGACCUUAUGCCCUUCCCCAACACUAUCUGGAAACCCCUUCCCAAGCUUCUGUAUUCAAAAACAAUUAG